AUGAAUAACUCGGUUCUAUCAUCAAAGUAAAGAUAAUGAAAAUUUAAUGGAGAUUAUUCUGUUAGUUAGCAACAAACCAAAAUAAAGUGAUUGUGAAACAUGAACUACCAUUGAAAUUAUAUAAUUAGGAGAAAACUUGAUGGCUUUUUUCUUUUGAGGCAUGUGGUCCCGUCAUCCAUUAUUAUUGUAGUCCAUUUCUUUGUGCUUAUAAUUUACAAAGUCAAAGUGGCUUUCAUUUUCAUGGCUUCCAGUGCUUACUGAUAAGCUCAUAAAUAGUUCUUCAAGGUCACUUUUCUUUCAUCUAGAAAGAAAUUGUUUAUAUGUGUACAUGAUAUGGAUGUGGCAGAACUGUGUUUUUUAUGCGUUCCAACAUAGAUAACAAAACAUCCGCAAUUCGUCUUCCCUUGUUGUCCGGUUACUAUUCGAUGUACGGACAUGUUGAGAAGCUGGCACAGGAGAUUAAGAAAGGGGCUGCAUCAGUUGGGGGAGUAGAAGUCAAACUCUGGCAGGUACCUGAAACACUACCAGAGGAAGUUCUUGGAAAGAUGGGUGCACCACCAAAGACUGAUGUCCCUGUUAUUACACCAGAUGAGCUUGCUGAGGCUGAUGGUGUUUUUUUUGGCUUUCCCACUAGAUUUGGGAUGAUGGCUGCACAGUUUAAAACCUUCAUGGAUGCAACUGGUGGUUUAUGGAGAACUCAAGCACUUGCAGGCAAACCUGCUGGAAUUUUCUACAGCACUGGGUCCCAAGGAGGUGGACAAGAGACUACCCCCUUAACUGCAAUCACUCAACUUGUUCACCAUGGAAUGAUAUUUGUGCCCAUUGGGUAUACUUUUGGUGCUGGUAUGUUUGAGUUGGAGAAAGUGAAGGGUGGAAGCCCUUAUGGUGCUGGAACUUUUGCUGGGGAUGGCUCGAGACAGCCAUCUGAGUUAGAGCUAGAGCUGGCUUUCCACCAGGGGAAGUAUUUCGCUGGCAUUGCAAAGAAGCUCAGGGGAACAGCUUGAUUUUUCCCUUACCAAACUAGAACUAUUCAGCCUUAUAAACAUGUCUUAUUUUCUUUCUAUUUUACUUGUUCCAAAUAUUUCUUCUUCAUAGAAUAAUAUAUGCUUGAUUGGGGUGGAUUUGUUUGUCACAAAUUUACAGUAAUUCUUCAAGACACUGGCUAGGUAUCAAUGAUGAAAGUUUCAUUUAAGAAACUUUUUCUCAUUCGCCUCAUUGAUAAUGUCAUUAUUCCUAUCCUAAAGCAAUAAUAUAA